AUGAGCAGAUCUCUACAUUAUGCAUUCAUCCUUGCACGGUUUUCUUUCAGAUAUACAGUUAAGCUUUUGGUUGAUAAAGCAAGCCUGGGUCCAGUUGAAAAUUUCAAAGAACUGCUAAACUGUCUUGAAGAAUAUGAAAAUGACUGGUACAUCGGAGUGGUGUCUGAAGAAAAGUGGCAGCAAGCUGUUUUACAAGAAAAGCCGUAUCUUUUUUCCUUGGGGCAUGACCCUAAUAUGGGAGUUUAUACUGGCAGAGUCCUUACCUUUCAGGAAUUCCUAGUACAAGUGGGGAAGCUGAACAGCGAAGCUGUCAGAGGACAGUGGGCAAAUCUUUCUUGGGAGCUGCUCUAUGCCACUAAUGAUGAUGAAGAACGCUACAGUAUCCAAGCGCAUCCCAUCCUCUUGAGGAACCUGACCAUACAAGCAGCAGACCCUCCCCUUGGCUAUCCAGUUUAUUCGUGUGAGCCUCUCCAUGUACCUUUGCUCUAGAGCUUGACCAUUGGCCACUUGGUUUCUUAAACAAAAACUGCCUAUCUGUUCUUAACUAGAGUGACUGUUCUUGUAGCAAGGAAAACUUGCUUGCCAAACAGGAUGACGGCGGCAGGAGAGGCCAUUCUUUUGGCAGGAAUGUUUUGAGCACGUCUCUUUCAGCACCGGAAGUGUUUGAACCUCUGAUCCUGCAGGGCUGACAGUGGGAGGUACUUGAUCUGGGUGAAGACUUAAUGCAGGCAAUAAGCUCAUUAAUGUAUUCUGUGGGUUUUUUAAAAAUAUAAAUUGAAAAUCAGUAUCUCGACAGGUGACUUGCACUAGAAGUGGCAGGUCACAGCAUAUGUGUUUUAAAACCACAGGUUAGUACAAAAAUGUACAUAGAUUAAGGCUUUUUUCCUGAUUUUGAAAGAGGAGACUUGGUUUUUAUCACUUCUUAUAUUGUAUAGCUUUAUUUGUAUUGUUAAAAAGAAACUUGAAGAAACACUUAAUAUACAUCUAUUCAGCAAACAAGAGUCCUUGUUAAGCAUAGCAAAUUGGAUACAAAUACUUUGGUGGAAGCAAACUGAGUAAGAUUUGCAGUAAGAUUGACAGAUGGAAAAGCUUGCUCUCCCAUUGGGGCCCAGAUCUAAAAAAACAUGGAAAUGGUUGGGACCUGAAUUCCCAAUAGCAAGAAGAGGCUUGAGACCCAAGUUUUUCCUUUAACAUGUUAGAUGAAAGGACAACGCUCAUGUAAUAUUUCCUCUACGGGAGUGCUUUAGAAUGACUGCCGUAGAACGUGGAAUUGGAUUUUUUGUGAGAAGGAUUGUAGACCUUUCCUAAAAAUAUCGUGGGGUUUUUUAUAUGUUUGUUGGAAUUGUCCUUUACCCUUCAC